UGUUCGUUCAUGGUUCGAGUCUUCACAAAGAGUUUUGUGACUUUGCCUUCGUUUCCUCAAGUUUGACAUCGUCGCCGCCGCCGCCGCCACCGACGACGACGACUCUCUUUUUGUCGGCGUUCAUUCUCUAUCCUCGACGUCCUAGCUUUUCCCCACACAGAUGAUCUCCUCAACAUCACCACCAACUAUAUUGCCCGCUCAUCGCGAGCACCGUGUCUCGCCACCACGAACACCACCAAUGAUAGCAUUUGAUGACCCAAAGAUUCUUAGUCGUCGGGCAUCAACUUCACCAUCUGAUGAGUCAUCGAUCAUCGAGCUCUCAUUUGACUACGAGCUCGAUUCCGCGGGCAAUUAUGUCCGCGUAUCAAAAGGUUCAUCAAGGUCUAAUCUUUCGAGUCCUCCAACACCAAAUGAUGCUCUGCUUGACGGUGCUCUCAAGCCUUCGUCUUCUUCCCCGCCCCAGGGGACCUCUAUUUCCUAUGCGUACACUAAACCUCCUUCACCUAUAUUACUCAAUUCUCCAAUACCAUCGCGACGUAACUCUCUCUCGCGGUCAGAGAGCGCCUUUCCGUCACUUCAAAGCGGGAGUGGGACUGAAUCACUGCCACUUGCAGCUCAGCACCGAGCUCAGUCAUCAGCUACAGGCAACUCCGCUCGUUCAUUCCAACGGGUCGCGUCUGUACCUGUCACAUUGACUCCAGCUGCCCCUCAACCAGCACUACGUGCACCAUUGUCGAGUGGCCUUGCUGGGACUGGUCGAAAAAUUGGGCGUCCCCAACGCGUGCCUCGAGAUGAAUACCGUGAACAACCUCCACUCACACUGGAUGAGCAGGAGGACCUGCGAGUGCAGGAAGAGAAAGAAAAUCUAAUAACUAUUCUUGAUGGGGAAGGCCUGUCGUCAGAUGGCGCCGCCUCCAAACGAACAUCCCCGCGAUUGACCGCUCGUUCGGCAUCUGUGAGUCAACUCGACGGACGGGCAAUUUCUAGCCUCCCCACACGCGCAUAUGGAUCAUCCGCAGGCGCACGCCAGCCACUACAGCCUGGCCGGCAGAUCAUGCCUGGGCCCAAUCGCGCGGGACGGGUAUUGAUGGGUAUGGCUGUCAAGUAUGGCGUGGGUUCGGGUGGGUUCGACAAGAUUAAUGAGAAUGAAGGCAGUGAGAAUGAGAUUGCUACCGAGCAUGCCUACGAUGAGACUGAUCCCAACGUAGAUGACCCACAACCCGGAAAUGGUAUGCUUCGCCAUCGCAGUUAUGUCGCUCCUCCUACUCUAUCGAGCGGUACGCGACCUCGCCGUUCAGCUAGUUUGAGUGAUGCCUCUGGAGGUAUGAUUACAAAAUUUUAUCUGCACAAACCCGCUGUUUGGAUUUAACAACAUCCUCCUCAGCAGAAGACCGACUAUCUCCGCGCCUGCUCCCAAGCCAAAACCAACAGCAACACGCCCCACGCCCAGGGUCCAGUCUGGGCCUCAACUCAGCGCGCAUCAG